GCCGACUAGUUAACGAGAUUACCUAUAAGAAUUUAGUCGCGUUACACCCUACAAACGGAAUGUAACGAUCCUUUCGAAUUAAAAAUGAAAAAUCCUGACGAUAGUCCGAAAAAACUGAUAUCCGUUCAAAGUCAAAAGUUGGUCAAUAAGCAAAAACGCGGGCACUUCCUGAAAAAGUUGAAGCUGAAAAAGGGCGUUUCGCUGCCGUGCGAUCCCGAAUCGGCCGGUGUUGCUGUGCCAGGGUCUUCUUCGGAAGAACACCAACAACGGCGAACUCCAGAAGGAGAAGACCGCACUCCACUAUCGAAAUCCGCGUCCGUAAAUAACUUAGCGGAGAGUUGGGAAAGUGCGGAAGAUUCGAAAUUAGAUAAAAUUGAGUCAACCGAAAGUGUUAUCAAAGUGGAUAGACCUCAGUUUGGUUUGAGAGAGCCAAAAGCACGCACAGAAUCCCUAGACCGCAUCGAAAAAAUGACAGCCUUUGGUGAACUCAUUGUAGACCCAUCCACAAUUUCAACGUCAAUUGUCAAACAACAGUCAGUUAGCAAGCCGAGAGAUCAUUUAUACAAGAUUUUAGUUAUUGGGGACUUGGGCACCGGAAAAACAUCGAUUAUCAAAAGAUAUGUGCAUAAAUUUUUCACCCAAAACUACAGAGCAACCAUAGGGGUGGAUUUUGCCCUAAAAGUCAUCAACUGGGACGACAAUACCUUGAUAAGGCUUCAACUGUGGGACAUAGCAGGUCAAGAAAGAUAUGGCAACAUGACUAGGGUUUACUAUAAAGAAGCGGUAGGCGCCUUUAUAGUUUUUGACGUAACUAGGAAAAAUACUUUCGAUUCAGUCAACAAUUGGAAAUCUGAUUUGGAUUCCAAAGUACAAUUACCUGAUGGUUCCAACAUACCCUGCGUACUACUAGCUAAUAAGUGUGAUCAGCCUAAAGAAGGUAUUGCGAACGUGCCAGCCAAAAUGGAGGAGUACUGCAAAGAAAAAGGCUUCACUGCCUGGUUUGAAACGUCGGCUAAAGACGAUAUUAACAUAGAUGAGGCUGCUAAGGCGUUAGUCCAAACAAUAUUAAAUAACGAUACCAUAAUUAAUAACGAGAAAAAAGAUGGCGACCAAUUUCCUCUCGGUAAAUACUCGAAUGAUGAUGAAGAACAAAGAAAAAAGUGUUCGUGUUGACUUUUUUUUAACUUAUGUUGCAGCUAUGAACACAAUAAUUUAUUCUGAUAUCUUUGGUUCUAACAACUAUCAUGACUAAUUUUAAGCUUCGCUACAUAGGUCAUUUUUAAGUGCAAUGUUAUAUUUUACAUUUCAGGGUGAUUUUGGAUAAUUAUGCAUAUUUAUUAGGCCACCAUUAUAGUUAUUAAUUAAUUAAUCAAUAUGAAAUUAAAAUUUCUCAUCAUACUAUUAUUAAAUUUGUUUGUACUUAAUUGGUAGAUGUAUCCAGC